CACUAUAUACAUAGAACUUAAGUUUUUAAAAGAUCAACAAAUUUUAUCGUGUGCUUUUGAUUGUUUCAAUACAUUUUAUAUAGUUUCUCAAUAUGCGGAAAUUUAUUCUUAUUAGAAAUUAUAAUGAAGAAGAUGAAUCGGUUUGCAUAGAAUUACUUAAAGCUAGUGUAAUGGAUACGCUAAAUUACACAUUUAUUAGAAUUUUAUUAGGAAUAAAUAUUAUGCGUGUAGUAUAUCUUGCAACUAUAGUGUUAAUGCUAAUACUCAUGCAUACAGGAUUACCUUUGGUUUAUUCUAGUACGGUUAUAUUUAUUCCAUUAAUUAUAUUAUAUAUUUCAUUAUAUGCAAAGUUUUUGUAUGAUGCUAGACUUGUUGGACAUGAAGUAUAUGAUAUUCCACGGAUUUACACGCUCGAUAAUUCUUCCCGUCUUUGGGUAGCGGAAGCAUAUGAAGAUUUUUCAUUACAUGAUCAGGAACAAGAUCAGCAAUAUGUAUUCAUGACAGAGGAAAACUUGAAUGAUAGUAAUAUUGAUGUUUCUAAUCAUAAUAAAAAAAUUGUAGGUAUUAUGUUAUUUCGUAAAAGUAAUUGGGAACCAACAUUUGGUUAUAUAAAAAGACUUUAUGUUCAGAAAAAGUAUACAAGGAAAGGUAUAGGUAAUCAACUUAUGAAUCAAGCAGUAUUUUUUGCCAAUGAACACGGAAUUCUAUGUAUCAAAGCGUUUGUUUCUGAAUUUGAAAAAUAUCUUAUUAGUUUUUAUAAUACUAAAAAUUUCACUCAACAAAUAGCAGUAGAAAUUUUAUCGAUAAAAAUAUCAUCGGAAGAUAUUCAUGUUCUGGAAGAGAUUUGUUUAAGAACGAUCUCUGAAGAGACAACAUUGAAUAUUUCUGAUCUACUACUGUAG